UUUCUAUAAUAAACCAAAACAAAACAAAAAGAAAGCCAAAUUUAUACCACCUACUUCUUACAUAUUUCAGCUCUUUCUAGUUUUCAAAAUCUUUCUUAAUAGGAUCAGACUCCACAUUCGACUAUUAUUUCCUCGCAUUCAUCUAAAUCUUUACUUUUAUUACAUCUCUCCAGCAGAUGCAUCAAAGUUUCAUCACCACUUUCACGUUUUUAUAUAUCCUUUCCUAUUACUAUCCCACACUCCCAUUAAAUCACGAAAUAAGGAGUUAUGAAGUGACAAAGUGUGUGAUAUAAUAGUGAACGAGUAAUUAAUUAAUAAUAAUAAUAGCGUUAAUUAAAACGAAAUUAAAUAGUUAAACAAAUUAGUUGGCAGUGAGACAGGAGCGACAUUUGCUAUCAAAAGUACGUUAAAAGAAGAUUGAAGAAUUUUAAAAAAUUCCAUCGGCUAUAUUCGUGUUCCAUCCAAGCGUGACGGCUACAUUCCCUACUCUUCUGACAUAUAUACAUAUACAAGUGGAUAUAACCUAAUAAGAUUGAGUAGUUAUAAUUAUUGUUGAAAUACAUAUAAUGAAAUUAUUUAUUUAGUUAUAUAAAAUGAAACAGUUACCCUUUGGGUAAUAUGAUUGUGAGAUAAUUCUGACUUAUACUGUGAGUACAAUUUUACUGAAAAAUUUUCUUGGCACUGUAUUCUGAAAUAAUAAGAAAAAAAUGGAGGAAAUACUUGAUGACUUCGAAAAUUUCAAAAUAUCUGCCCUGUCGAAAUGUAAAAAGGUAACUCCAUAUGUUAAAAAUGUUACAAUUGGCCCAAAUAAAGUAAUACAAAAAAAUACAAAAACAAUUACAAGUAAAUGCCCGUUUUCAAAAUUACCUGAUAUUUUACCUACUACAUCCAAUGUACCUCAAAAUUUACAUUUUAUUAAAAUUGCUAACGAUCUGGAACUGCACAGAAGAGAGGACGUGCAGAGUGCUAUCAAUAAACGUUUACAUACUUUUAUGGAACACAAUGAAAGACAAAAAAUUAAUACUGAAGCAGAAUGGCAACUUCGUAAAAAGGACUUGUUAAAUAAAUUGGAACAAGAAGAAACUGGAAUAAUGAAAAUUUUAGAAGAAAAUGAGCAAGAAGAUAAUAUAAAACAUCAAGCCUUAAUUAAAUACUACCAGUCAUUAGCAGAAAAGAGAAAACAAAAUGAAGAAAAAAUCAAAAUAAAUGAAGAGAAACAAAAUAAAAGGGCAGAUAUAAUAAAUAAAGUAGUGAAAAAUCAGAUUGAAUUUAGAGAAAUAUAUCAAGAAAUAACUGCAAUGAUUUGUAAUAAUAAAGCACCAAGUAACCUACGAUGUAAUUUUGAAGACAUUCGACAAUGUUUACAAACUUUACCAAACUUAAUGAAUGAAAUAGUUGUGCGUUGUCAGAAUGGAAUUAUCAGCGAAAAUGAUGCUGUAAAAUCAGGAGAAUGUAUUUCACAAAUUAAAAACCUGAAGAAUAUUAUUUCAAGAAGAACUGAAGUAAUUGAGAACAAAAAAAAAAUAGAACUGAAAAAACAGACUGAAGAAAAAACUGCAGUGACUGAUAAAAAACCCACGCCUAAUACUAUCUCUCUAGACAGUGAUACACAUAAGAAGAAUAUUGAAAGAGAUUUUAUUGCCCAAAAAUUCAUUAGUAAAACUUCGUUAAGGUAUUAUAAUGAACUUGAAAGUUUUAUUAAAAAUUACCCCUCUUCAUUUAGAAAUCUCUUGGAAAAUAACUCUUUAAAGCAAUUUAGAUUUGACUGUAAAAAAGCAGUAAAUAUUCCCGUGAAUGCUAUAUCAGCAAUAAAUGCGCAACAUUUAUUGGACAAAUAUAACAGAUUAUGCAACUUACUCUUGGGAAACAAAGUUGUUGUUGGAGGAACAGAAGUAAUUGCUUCUAAGCAUCCAGAAGGGAUUGCCUUUUGUAUGGAUCUCUUGGCUAAGAAAUUUGUUCUGCAAGGGGAUCUAAUGAUAUCUAGUAAUCCAGAAGCAGCUUUUUGCUAUGCAACAAUAAUACUUUCAUUAUGGAACCAAUUUCCAGAAUUUGGAAAGUUAUUUUUGUUACAUCUUCACAAAGAAUGUAUUUAUUUAAUUCCAUUUUAUCCUCCACGACUUGCAGACCAAACUGACGAAGACUACUAUAAAAGUCUUGGCUACAAUUAUAUUGAUGGAGUUGUAGAAAAACAGGACAAAUUUUUAAAAAGAAUGAUGGGCAUUAUGAGAUUAUAUGCUGCAAUUGUCAUUUCAAAACCAAAAAGUGAUCAGAAAAUUAGUCCUCACAAUAUAGCUUAUGGUUGGAGAUGGUUUUCUGCUUUUUUAAAUUUGGAACCACAAAUUGACAUAACUGCUACCAUGAUCCACAUCUUUCUCGAAGUAGCUGGAUCUACAUUGCAACAAGUGUAUGGAAAGCAAUUUUAUAAAUUAAUGAAUUUCCUUUCCAAAGUUUACAUGCCAAUGCUAAAAAAAUAUGACUCUGGAGGGCCUUUUACCAGGCUUGAGGUUCUAUUGCAUGAUUAUCAGAGGACAGGACAACUUGAAAAACCAAAAGGUUUAUUGCCAACAAAUUUUUGGUAGUUUAUUAGUGUGAUUGUACCUAUAAGAAUUUGUUUUUAAAGUAUUUUGUCAAUUAAUUUGUAAAAAAUUGUAUAUAUCUGCAAAUAAUGUAUUGCUUCCUCUAUGUGACUAAAAAAUGUAAUAUUUGCAUUUUAAUAUAUAUAC